CUCCCCUCCCCAUCUCGCAUUGCACACUAAUUCACAAAAACACUCAAAAUUAAACACACAACACUUUGUGUUUGUUCUUACUUCUUAUUCUUCUUCAAUUGGUACACUUGUGUUGUGCCUCUAAUUAAAUCUAAGAAGAAAUGUCUGGGGUUUGGGUUUUCAAGAACGGUGUGGUGAGGCUAGUGGAGAACCAUGGCUCAGAUCGCAAGGUGUUGGUUCACACUGCAAGCAACGAAAUCAUCACUUCCUAUGCAGUUUUGGAGCACAAGCUUAGCUCACUGGGGUGGGAGCGUUACUAUGAUGACCCUGAUCUUCUACAAUUCCACAAACGCUCCACCGUGCAUCUAAUUUCUCUUCCAAGGGAUUUCAACAAGUUCAGGUCCAUGCACAUGUAUGACAUAGUCGUCAAGAACAAGAACUACUUCGAAGUUAGGGACAUUUAAUAAGGGGGUGUGUAAAAAAAACUAUCCAUGACCCAAAUUGGGCAGGGUAACCCUACAAAAUUGAAUUCUUGGGAGUGAUUUAUAUCUACAAGUAAUGUUGGUUUGAUGAUUUUGGAUUUCUGGCCUUGGGGGGUGAGUGUCUGUGUCUACAUGAUGGGGACAUUAAUUUGUGUAAUUUGUAUAUGAUCGAGUUUGUGGUAUGAUUAAUAUUUAUGUAUAGAGUUACGGUCUGAUCGAUCGGAGAAGCGUGAUCAAAGCCUGAGGAGGGGAUGUGAUCAUUUGUGUGUCGUGAUGUAAAUCUUUAUAAUCAUCAUUCUAAUUUCAAAGUUGAGUUUUCCUAUA